UUACGCCGGGCAUGAUUUUGUGGAGUGUAAAUGUGGAAUCUGAUUAUCCUCUGUGCUCUGGGCUCAAGAGAGAGAGGGAGAGCAUCGGAGGGAAGGAGGGGUUAAGAUAGAAAAGUGCUGAGCCAAUGGGUUUUCCCCCACAAAGCAGCUGGCUGCCAUCAGGACGGGACAUCAGGACACCUCCAGGACCCACUCUGCUCGCUGUUGGGACAAGGGAGGCCGUCUUCCAGGAGGUGUUCAUGGGAUGCACUAUCUACGCAGCCAGCCCUAAGGCCCUGCCUGCCGACGAGGCAGCAGGCCAGGACACUUACUACCCGCUCGCCCACUAUCGCCACCUUCAUGGUAACUGCAGCCAGAGGAUAGCAGCAAGGGCCAGGAGCAUGACCGAGCAGCAGGAGCACGCUGAAGAAACAGGCCUGCUCUCCACACAGGACCUGGAUUCCUCCAAGGACGAGGAGGCGCACGGCCACCUCAGGUUUCAGCUGAUUGAAGAGCUGUCUUAUGAAGAUGUGAAAAAAUGUUACCGUGGCUCGUGUGUGUCUUGCAGCGACUUGUUUCAGGCCAUGGAUGAGUGUGUGUGUGUGUACGGCGCCAACGUGCUGAGCCUGGUGCAGAGCUCGCCGCCUUUGCGGGAGAGGGUGGUGUCGGCGGUGAGCCGGGUUGGAGCGGCCGGCGGCUGGAGAGGGGGCGCCAGCGCCGGUUCUGGCGGCGUGCGGGCCAAGGAGCUGCUCAUGACUCUGCCCUGUCCCUCUGCACAGACUGUCAGCAAGUACAACUCGCAGUACCACAAACUGUUCCAGUGUGUGCCCAAGGAUGAGCUCCUCAUGAAAGGUAACACUCUAACCUUGUCAUACAUGUUGCGUCCUAGCUCAUCAUCACAAAGGUCAUCUAAAUCGCCAGCCAUACUCUAUUUUUGUAUUUUUCCUGAUUGUCAUCAAUCAUCAUAUCCAGUAGAACAGUGUUUUUCAACCACUGUGAGAUACAGUCCAGUGUACACCUACAGUGGGGCAAAAAAGUAUUUAGUCAGCCACCGAUUGUGCAAGUUCUCCCACUUAAAAUGAUGACAAAGGUCUGUAAUUUUCAUCAUAGGUACACUUCAACUGUGAGAGACAGAAUGUGGAAAAAAAAAUCCAGGAAUUCACACUGUAGGAAUUUUAAUGAAUUUAUUUGUAAAUUAUGGUGGAAAAUAAGUAUUUGGUCAACCAUUCAAAGCUCUCACUGAUGGAAGGAGGUUUUGGCUUAAAAUCUCACGAUACAUGGCCCCAUUCAUUCUUUCCUUAACACGGAUCAAUCGUCCUGUCCCCUUAGCAGAAAAACAGCCCCAAAGCAUGAUGUUUCCACCCCCAUGCUUCACAGUAGGUAUGGUGUUCUUGGGAUGCAACUCAGUAUUCUUCUUCGUCCAAACACGACAAGUUGAGUUUAUACCAAAAUGGAUACAUGGAGCGCUGGGACGGAGAGGCUUUGCGGUGUCUUGGCUGGGUGAGCAGGUGUCGGACACCUCAGUCUCCUUGGACGUAUCCUCGCUCAUCCAUGCGGACUGGACACUGGCCGAGAGUGGAGUCGGCUGUCUUGGUUGCUUUGUUGGGUCUGCUCCUGUCUCUGGCCAUCCUCCCUCCACCCCAGCGGACGAUGGCGUGGAACACCGCAGAGGCCACCACAGUGGAUAUGUUUCUUUUACUUUUUAUUCAUAGCUGUAUGUAGAAGUGUCUGGUUGUAUCUGCUGCUUUAAUGUCUUUAAUGUCCUAUGUGUUCUUUGAUGUUUCCCUCUUACACACAUGUAAGAGGGAUGUGUACUAUGGCUAUGAGUUGUUGUUUUUGUCCGUUGGCCUCAGUCUGCACCCCCUCUCCAGGGCCCAGGCUAAGACCGAUUUUUUUAAUUUUAUUUUAAUCUUCUAUUUUUUUCUCCCCCCCUUGUUUACCUGUA